AUGGAAAAGAUGAAGAUCGACCCGUCCAACGUGGUCCACCCUAAUGAAAAUGAAAGCCGAACCUCUGAGCCCCAUUUGUUGACUCUUCCUCAUGAAGAGCGGACGAAAGAGUCAGUUAUGAUGGGAAGCAAUCAUGAAGUCCAUCUAAACAGAGUAGCGCAUUUGGGGGACAAGGUGCCCCCUAAAAUGGACAAGGUCGAGAAUAUCAAUGGUCAUAAGUUAGAAAAUAUUGAAAUGCGAGAAAAUUCAAAGAAAGAUGAGAAGCUUGAAGAAAGAAGUGAGGAUGAACUGAUGUUUCUGCCGGAAGCCGAGCAUGAUUCUCACGGGGCAAUACUGAAGAAAACUGGUAAUUAA